UAAAACUCCAAUUUUAGUAUUUACUGCUCUCUCUCAUAAAUGAUUGAUUUUUUUUUUUAGAAAACAAAAAAAUUUCCUUGAAUAAUUUUUUUUAAUCUGCUUUUAUAAGUUCACAUUAAAUUUUAGUUUGAUAAAAUAAGUUAUUAUGGACGAGCCAACGCCAAGUUUAGAGGAACUUGAAGAGCAGACUUUUAUCACUAAAGAGUAUAUAGAAGAAAAAAUAAUUCCUGGUUUUACAGACGCAUAUCGUCAUGGUUUUGAUGAAGAUGAAUCAACGAUGAUACCUUCCUAUGUUUGUCGAUUGCCAACUGGUAUGGAAACUGGUACAUAUCUUUCAUUGGACUUAGGUGGGACUAAUUUGCGCGUGGCAGCUGUUACAUUAGUUGGUGAUGGUAAAACUGAUAUUGAACAAAAACAGUUCGUCAUUCCUGAGGAAUUAAAAACCGUUCCUGUUGAAACUUUGUUCGAUUGGGUCGCCGAUUGUGCUAAAGAUUUAUUGAUUAAGAUUAAAUCUCUUGAAAAAGAGAUGUAUAUGGGGGUGUCUUUUAGUUUUCCAAUCAAACAAACUGAUAUCAAUAAAGGUGUGGCAAUGAAGAUGGGUAAGGGAUUUGAUAUUCCCGGCUUGGUGAAUAAUGAUGUUGUUGAACUUUUAAAUGAUGCUUUCGUUCGUAAGAAAAUAAAUAUACACAUUGUGGCUAUAGUUAAUGAUACAGUUGGAUCACUUGUAGCAUAUGCUUACAGAGAUCAAAAUACGAUUGCAUCUAUGAUCAUAGGAACAGGAACAAAUGCAGCGUGUAUCUGCGAAACAAGUGAAAUUAAGAAACAAAAUUUUCCUCCAGAUUCUCCUCAGUAUAUGAUAGUUAAUAAUGAGAUAAGCUUAAUGGGAGCAGAUUUUUUACCAAAAAAAACAAAAUAUGAUAAAAUACUUGAUUCACAAAGUUCUAUACCGGGAUUUCAACCUUUUGAAAAAAUGGUCAGCGGGCGUUACAUAGGUGAAUUAGUUAGAUUGGCCAUUGUCGAUUACGUUAAAAAUUGUAAUUUAUUUGACGGGAAAUUACCUGGAAAAAUGGAAAUUCCUUAUAGUUUUUCUACUGUCCACAUGUCAGAAAUUGAAAGUGACCGUACUUAUAAUUCAGCAAAUAUUUUAAAAUCACUAACCCAAAAUUUUAAAUUUUCCGAAGAUAAUACACCAACGGUCGGAGACAUGCGUACAGUUCAAGAACUUGUGAGAAAAUUUUCACGUAGAUCAGCACAUUUGGCAGUGGCGGCUGUCGCAUCAUUAAUUAAACUACAAUGUGGAACAUAUAAAAACAUAGAAAGAGAGGUUAGAAUAGCAAUUGAUGGAUCAAUUUAUAAUAGUUAUUAUAAAUAUUCUUCUUCAAUGAGCAAACUUCUUAAAGAAAUACAAGAAUCUGGAGAGGAUAAAAAAGUAAAAAUAGUUUCAGUUAAAAACGGUGGUAUUAUUGGUGCUGCUGUAACUGCUAUGAUGUACUCUCCCCAUCCAUAACAAGUUUUUAAAAGAGAUUAAAUAAAGAUGUUUUCUCAAGAAAAAGAGAGCAAAGAAUGUUUCAAGCCUUUGCAGGUAUGUAUAAUGAAUUUAAGUUAGUUUAUUUUAUUUUAUGUGUUUUUUUAUUUCUAUUUCUAUUUCUAUUUUUUAUUUUAUUUUAUUUUAUUUGGUCAUUUUUAGGAACUUUAGAAUUUUUGGUUUUUAUUUUUUUUUACGAAAAACUUUUUUAUUUUUAUUAAUUAGGAUAAUUAUUGAAAGUGUAAUAAAUAAAAAUAAAUUAUUGUUUAUA